ACACUCGUAGCUUUGAAUGCAAGAUCAAAACAAGACAGACAGUCGAUCUAACAACGUGGCUUAGUGUUCGGAUUAUAUACAAUCAUUCUCCAUGUGGAUUUUACAGUAGCAACAUGCUUUCACGAAAGCUAGGAAUGUUUUCCUACAACCAUAAUACCAACAUGGAAAAGGAUAAGCAAGUGAAAGACAAAGAUGCAUUUCAGAGGGUAUACACAGUUGGUCAGCAUUUGGGAAGCGGAGGAUUUGGUACUGUUUACAGUGGAACACGCAAGAGGGAUAAUUUACCCGUUGCAAUCAAAGUAAUAACCAAAGAGAAAGUCACAGAAUGGGGACAGCUAAAUGGACAUAGUGUGCCGAUGGAAAUUUGUUUAUUAAAACGUGUGAACAAUUGUGCAGGAGUUAUUAAAAUGUUGGACUGGUUUGAAAUGAAAACCAACUUUGUCAUUGUGAUGGAACGGCCAGAACACGUGCAAGAUUUAUUUGAUUACAUUACAGAAAAAGGUGCUUUGGAUGAGGAAACAAGUAAAAAUUUCUUCAGACAGAUUGUGGACACACUUAUCAACAUUCACAAAAACGGUGUUGUACACCGGGACAUUAAAGAUGAAAACAUUCUUGUGGACUUGAAAACUGGUGAACUAAAAUUGAUCGACUUUGGAUCAGGUGCUUUCCUUAAAGACACAGUGUAUCUCGCAUUUGAUGGUACACGAGUAUACAGUCCGCCAGAAUGGAUCAAAUUCCACAGGUACCAUGGGCGAUCUGCAGCUGUUUGGUCUCUAGGAAUUCUCUUGUUUGAUCUGGUCUGCGGAGAUAUCCCUUUUGAGCAGGAUGAACAGAUAAUGAAGGCCGAGGUUUCCUUCAGAGGACGAGUGUCUCAUGAAGUGAAAGAUUUGGUGAAAAAAUGUCUAGCAAUUCGUCCAUCAGACCGACCAACCUUGGAAGAGAUUCUAACGCAUCCCUGGCUAGCUUCAACAGUACAGCCAUCAGUUGAUAAGCGAGCACCCAACCACACAGGAAGUCAAGGAAUCGUGGAUGCCGUAUCUAUGAGCAGUCAGGAAAGCAUGUGAUGAAGGCAUCCUACUAGGACCUUGAUUCAAAUACCCGUGUUCAUAUUUAUAAAUUAUUAACUAUAAACAAACUGCAACACAGCAAUGCAAUAUAUUAACUGUGAAACCAUUCCACAACUCAGGGAGCUGCAAUGAAUUAAUUACAUUGUCAUAUUACAUCAUAUGUGGAUUAUGAGACGAACUUCAUACAAAUAUUUGAAAGUGGAUCAACCCCCUCUCCACGUGCCCACAAGCUCAUUCAAAUGACUGGAAAGCAAAAGGGAUGUGAAUAUUUUGCCAAAGACCACUCUAAAAUACAAGUUGUGAUUUCACCAUAUUUGUUGGACUUUCCAAGGGUGGCAAACAUGGACCUUAUUUAUUGUGAUAGUAUGAGAGAAGAGACUAAGAAAAACGCUCAAUUUUUUUUUUAUUGCAUACAUAUUGUGAGUCCUAUUCAGCCAUGAAUUUGAACCCAAUAAUCACUGCCACUUCAAUGCAAAAAGUUGAUUUUUCCUCAUUUCAUGUAUUUUCUAUUUAUUAAGCUACAAUGCUAGCCAUAUCAUUACUUAUUCAUAUGUAGGGUUAGAUUAGUAAUUUUUGGUGUACUUUGACACAACGGUGCUGAUAGAAAUUGGUAAUUGCCAUUUUUUAUUGAUUUUUUUUUUUAUAUACACGUGUAU